UAUAUUUAUAUAUACACACACUAUAUUGGCAAAUGUAUUGGGACACCCCUCCAAAUCAUUGAAUUCAGGUGUUCCAAUUUAUUAGUUUCAGUUUAUUUCAUCUGAAGGGCAAAGUCCAGUCUUAAUGUUUACGACUUAAGAGACGUGAGUACAGGUAAGCAUAUUCUCUGCUAUUCUUUUACAUAAUUAUAUAUCUAACUUAGUAGUAUACUUGUAUUGAAAUCUUUUUCACCAGUUGUUUUCAGUGAAACAAAUCCAUUAAUCUGAGAAAUGGUUCACCAGAUGAGAAAAUGGUUGCUGUGAUCUGAAUAAGCUGCUUCAUGGGCUUCAUAAUGCACAGCACAAACAAAAAGAUAUAACAUAUGAUAAAUGAAUAUGGUAAUUAUCAGUAUCAUAGUAUUUUUGAUAGAACCAUUGCCACCCGAUUCCAAAACCAUUUUGUGGUGCCACCACAGUACUUUUUUUCAAGAGAAAGAAAUAAAAAAAGUGAUAAUAGUGGUUCAGUAUGGAUGAUACUGUACACGAUACUCAUGUUUUUAUAAGCUAAAUUUGAAUUUUUUUCUAAUGCAGAGGUGUUUUUGAGUCAGUUGUUAUCAAUGUGUUUGCAGGCGUGUCUGUGGUUCGGGUGACAGUGAUAAGGAGCCUGUACCUCUUAAACACCAUUUAUAGGGAACAACUCAUAAUUGUUGACAUGGCAGAACAAAGUCAAGCCAAAAAAUUAAGGAGUCAGGUCAAGGGUUUCCUUUGUGACGUGAGCCCCAUAAAAGACACCAAAGCACCAUAUUUUGAUGCUAUUCUUCAACACGAAGGUGAAAAUAGCAAAGUUGUGGCCUUCAGAGCAGAAGAUCACAUCAACUUCCACAAUGCUGAAACCACCCGGAGCCUAGUUACACUAGAGGAUGUCAUAUUACAGCCAUCUGUGGAGCCCAGCAGAAAAAUGGACGUGUUUUACACACACAGCUCCACAAUGUCCUGCAUUCGUGACCUAGGAGAAGCGUUUGAAAACAGCUUGUCUCCUAGAUCACAAGGUGUACAACUGUCUGAACUCCUAAACUCAGAUACAAAAUCAAAGAGGGUCAACAUCAAUGCAAAGAUUAUCCAGAGGUGCUCAAGGGAAACAGUUUUGUGUGGGAUGGACGGUAUCUUCCAAGAACUAAGUACACUGUAGCAGAUACUACAGGCUACAUGAGUCUAACGGUCUGGUGUGAACACAACAUUACUGUUGGAGAAUGGUACAACAUCACAAACGUCUCUGUGGGAAAGUUCAUGGGCAAAACAUCCCUUUCAACUACCAAAAACACACAGAUUGUCAACAUCCCAUCUCAAGGUACAGCGUUUGCUGUUGAAGUGCCAACAGAAACUAUCAAAUGUGACAUCAUUGGUGCAAACAUUAAGAAUAUCUUCAUUUGUCCUCGUUCACAUAAACUCAGCGACGUGUCAUCAAGCCCCACUGUAUAUUGUUUCUCAUGCAACAUGCAUUAUAAAAGCUCAGCCAUCAUAAUGAAGAUCAGCGGUCACCUGGAACUUAAACCAGAAACGGGAAAUGUUGUGGAGGCAAACAUUGAAGAUGAGGUGAUCAGAUCAGUGCUCACAGUGGAGCCCCGCACAUCACGAGAGGAUGUUCUUCAGAGCUUCAUUGCUCUGCCACCCAUGCAGAUUACAAUUUGCGAGAACAUCAUUGUAAAGAUGGAAGAUGUUCCUCAGAAGGCUGAAAUAAAGUCUGAAGCUGAGCUGCCUGUUAAAGUGGAACCCGUGGAUGAAUCUUCUGACUUUUAUUCACCCCCAGACCAUGGCUUUCUAUUCAGUUCACAAGUCAGAAAAAGAAAAUCUACCAAUUGAGCCUGAUCUUAGAAGAAAUGUAAAAUACUCGAUGAUUUCCAUUACUGUACUAUACAAUCAGCAUAAGGAAAGUCUGACAAAGACUACCAGGAGUAGUCUUGUGUAGCUUAAAGUGUAAAUCAUUUAACCCUCUGGUGCUAUUCGGUUAUUCUCGACUAAAAGAUUUUACGUUU